ACUUAGUGUUCAAACGCGGCUGUGCACUCGACUGACGAGAAUCCGUCUGGCACGAGAAUUACCACAAAUUUGAAGGAUAUAAGCGAACCGAUCAUGGAUUCUGAUGCAAAAAACGGCGAGGUAGAAAUCUUCCAGACCUUUGAAUUAUCCGACGGUGCUCGUUCUGUCACUAUUCUGGCGUCGAAAGAAGAAGAAGAGAGGAUAAGUCAAGAUCAAGAAUAUGCCACCCAAAGGUUCCUGUCAGCUGUAGGUGAAUAUAAUGCCUUUGAAGAAGGAGAAGAUGAGUUCAAUCACAAUGCCACUCUGUUGCUGAUAGAAUGUGUCCGUGAUCGUUAUGAGAAGUUCUGUUCAUCAAGACAAGAAAGAAACCAAGUGUAUAUGGAGAUCCAGGAAGAACUGCGGUCAUAUUCCUAUAAUUUUUCCCUAGAAAAGAUCCGCACUAAGUGGAAUAGUCUCAUUACCACCUAUAAAAGAAUUAAAGAUCGCCACAAGACUGGAGGCAUUGGUCUUGGAAAACGACUGUGGGAUUACUUUCAGGCAUGUGUACCAAUCUUUUUCUUUCUACUGUUACACAGAGAUUGAAGUGUUGGCCUCUGUUACUAAAGCCAUAGUUUGACAGUUUUAUUUAAAGGGAGGCUGGUUAAAUAGAAGUACUGUACCUGUAUAUGCAAGAAAACAAGUAAGCUCUCUCUCAUAGAUACAUAAAGAAUACAAAUUAUUUGAUCGCUGUAAUGUUCUUGUUUAUUUA